ACAGUUCUAACGUUCCACUAUUACCUCAGCACGAUAAUUAUAAACAGAAGAAAACCCGAAGCCAAGCGUAUUCUCAGUGCAUUUAUAAAUAAUCAAGAUUAUAUUAUACUCGUAAAAGCUUAAUAAAACAAAAGCUUCUUCCCACUUAAGGUCGUUCAGUUGCACGAUCGAUCAGCUUGUCAGAUCCCGGAAUUAGUAGCACUUUAGAUGUGAGACCCACAGUAGCUAAAUCAUGUGGAGACAGGUUUCUAAAAUUUUAUUGUUGCUUUUGAGCGGCAUUCUCAUUGCUGCGCAUAACGGGCCGGCAUACGAAUCUGCGCCGGCAAGCUGUCUAAACCCAAAUCAUAAAGUCGGCCAGUGCAUAUCAAUCUACGAUUGCCGUUCGUUGGCUUUCGUCUUAAGAAAACAAUUAACGGCACAAUAUAGUUUCGUACGUAUGUCGCAAUGUGAUGGUGGCGCUUAUGCAAGAGGAAAAUUUCCCUUCGUUUGCUGUACGAACGAUACGAAGUUUCUCGAUCCCAAUGCUGACCAAAAACAACGCAUUAUCUUUCCGGAUACGAAAACAACGGAAUUUCCGCAUGGUGGACGUCAGAGUGUUGCCUUUAUUACACCUCCACAGUGUGGUGCAUUGACUAUUUCGAAUAAGAUUUUUGGCGGCGAGGAAGCUGAGAUAACAGAGUUCACCUGGAUGGUUAAGUUGGAAUAUAAAAACGAAAGUGGCUUAAUUCUAUCUGAAUGUGCCGGUUCCUUAAUCAACGAGCGAUACGUUCUAACAGCAGCCCACUGUGUGAUCGGUCCUGUUGAGCAGAAAGUCGGAAAACUCGUCUCCGUGUUUGUAGGAGAUCAAGCGAGCGCAUCUUCAUACAGUUACAAUCAUUACGAGUAUGCACCGUCCACUCAACGUUUUGGCAUUCAAUCCGUUAACGUGCACGAGCACUACGGUUUUGAUCCGCACACAAAUGUAUAUGAACAUAACGAUAUAGCGUUGAUUCGACUGAGCAGAUCUGUGGAAUUUAAUAACUACAUCCAGCCUGUUUGCUUGCCAGUACCAGCUCUACAAGAUGAGCUAAUAGAAGGAGCACAUCUGAUUGUUGCUGGUUGGGGUCAUACGGGUUUAUCCCGUCAUAGCAGAGUGAAGAAGAAAGUCCACUUGCCUCUAUAUUCAAUGGAAAAAUGUCGCCAUGUUUUCGAGACGCAGACAUCGCUAUCUAAUGAGCAACUCUGCGCUGGCGGUGUAUUCUAUGAAGACGCAUGCACUGGCGAUUCUGGCGGUCCACUUAUGCGCCUCCACUCAGCCUCUUGGGUAAUAGAAGGUGUUGUGUCAUUUGGGCGCCAGAGCUGCGGUCAAGAGAAUAUUCCCGGAAUUUAUACGCGUGUACGAAGUUAUAUCGAUUGGAUCGCAGAUCACAUGGAACCUUGGAAAACCACAACAAACUUGACUCUUUUCCCAUAUUUUCUAGUGGAGUGUGUAGUGGCUACUUAUAUACGAGGAAGCCUGAAAAUGUUGCGUGUAGUUUUUAUCACCGUUAUAAGUGCGCUGUCCACCAACUUAGUAUUUGGACAAUACUUCGAAACACAGACGCGCCGCUGCUUCAAUCCCAAUCAACGCCCCGGCGCAUGCGUCUCGAUCUACGAUUGCCAGACAUUGUUGUCGGUGCUGCAACGCGGCUCCAUCCAGCCGCUUGACACCGAAUUUCUGCGCGCCUCCGAAUGCACCGGCGGCUACGGCAAUGCGCCGUAUGUGUGCUGCACCGGCGAUACCGGUUUCACGCGCAACACUUACGACGACGACGACGACUACAGCCGCCAGCCAAGCACGGUGCUAUUUCCCGUCGGCUUCGGUGAGGGCCGACAACGGCAGAGGCAGCGCUUAAGCGAAGUAGCUGGCGGUGGGCGUGACUUUAACAGCAUCGGCGGCAACGGUGGUAGCGGCAAGCAGCCGAGAGAUCUGACAGCGGGUGCGCAAUCAUCUGCCGCGGCCGUGCUGCCGCGCUUGCCCACCUGUGGCGGCGUGACAAUAUCGAAUAAGAUCUAUGGCGGCUCGGAUGCGGAUCUCUAUGAGUUUCCAUGGAUGGUGCUGCUCGAGUACAAUCGACGUUCCGGUGGCUUGUCAACCAGCUGUGCAGGUUCGCUCAUAAAUAACCGCUAUGUGCUGACGGCGGCGCAUUGCGUGAAAGGUGCCAUUGAGAAGCAAAUCGGACAGCUUGUUGGCGUUCGCUUAGGCGAAUUUGACAUCACGAAGCAAACCGAUUGCAAUGACUACUCUUGCGCUCCGGCGGCCAUACGUGUCGGCAUUGAAGGGACGAUACCACACGGGCAAUAUCGUGAUAAUUCACCCAAUAAGGAGAACGACAUCGCACUGAUUCGUCUCGAUCAGGAUAUACGCUUCUCAGAUUCCAUACGUCCCAUCUGCCUGCCAUCGGCUGUGGCGCAAGAGCGCUCGGCACCCGCUAGCGGCACACUGUACACCGUCGCCGGUUGGGGUCGCACGCUGCGCAGCCCCAAAAGUGCUGUAAAACAGAAAUUACAAGUGCCGCUUGUGGACUUGCCACAAUGUCAGCGCAAGUAUCGCGAACGCAAGGUGAAUGUGGUCAGUUCUCAACUCUGUGCUGGUGGCCAUUAUGCCGAGGAUAGUUGCGAGGGUGACUCUGGAGGCCCGCUGAUGCGUUUCCGCAACGAUGCUUGGGUGUUGGAGGGCAUCGUGUCGUUUGGCUACAAGUGCGGUCUGAGCGGCUGGCCGGCCGUGCAUACGCGUGUGGCGAACUAUGACAACUGGAUACGCAGCAAUUUACGCAAUUAAUUUAAUUUUUUCUUAAUACACUUGUAUUUAUAUAUAUAAAUUAUGUAAUUAUUAGGUUAUCUUAGCAUUUAAUAACAUGAAUUUAAUUGUGAUCUUGCCAUUAGUUUCUCAUUUUGUUUCGUGUCAUAUUCGCGUAUUCGAAAAAUUAUACCCCACAAUAUAUAUUGUAUUAUAUUUGUGGGGUUAUUUAUCGUAAUUAAAUUAGCCAAAUGUAGAAAAUAAUUUAUAUUUUAUAGUAUAAGAAUUUAUAAUGUAAUGACGAAAUAAUUCUUUCGUGUUGUUAAUAAUUCAAUAAAAAAUUCUUAAA